UCGCGCAACGCCCACUUCUUGUCUAGCUUUCUAGUUUCUACAGGAGGGCAGAAUAAAGCAGUCUCUUGUUUCAGCCUCUCUAAACUCGAAAAAAACCUAAAGACCCAAUUACCACGCCAUGUCUCAGGUGGACAACAGAAAUUCAUCAGCAGCGAAGCGUGCAAGAACUGAUGGUAGUCGCAGGGAGGAUGAUUGGACUUGUCCAAGCUGUGGCAAUGUCAACUUUUCAUUUAGGACUACUUGUAACAUGCGUAAUUGUACCCAACCUAGGCCAGCUGAUCAUAUUUCGAAAUCUGCUGCCAAGCCCCUGCAAGCACCGCAGGGUUAUUCAUCAGCUCCUUAUUUAGGUUCUGGUGCACCUUCUUCAAUGUAUAUGGGUGUGCCACCAUAUGGUUCUUCUCUCUUCAACGGGUCAUCUAUUCCUCCAUACGACGUUCCAUUCACUGGGGGCUCGGCUUAUCAUUACAAUUAUGGCAGCCGCCUUUCCGGUGGCAGUCCAUAUAGACCGUUGCAUAUUUCAGGACCACCUCCUUAUUCUGGUGGAUCUAUGAUGGGAAAUGGUGGGAUGUAUGCAAUGCCCCCCCUAAUGGACCGGUAUGGAUUAGGUAUGCCAAUGGGCCCUGCAGCUAUGGGGCCAAGGCCAGGUUUUUUCCCAGAUGAUAUAUCUCAGAAGAAGGGUUCAGAUGCAUCACGUGAUAAUGACUGGACAUGCCCGAAAUGUGGGAACAUCAACUUUUCUUUUAGAACUGUUUGUAACAUGAGGAAGUGCAAUACUCCAAAGCCAGGGUCCCAGGUUGCAAAGUCUGACAAAAAUUCCAAACAAAAAAUGCCGGAGGGAAGCUGGAAGUGUGAAAAAUGCAACAACAUAAACUAUCCAUUCCGGACAAAGUGCAAUAGACAAAAUUGUGGGGCUGAGAAACCAGCUGAGUCAAAGAAGUCCCCUUCGCCGGCACCUGAUGAGGAUGAUCAGUGAGUACUAGGACAUGUUUGAGGGUUGAGAAGGUCCAGAGUUGUCGUCCAGCUUUGCUCAAUAUGGGUGUCUGAAAGUCAGUCUUGUUGUCCUCAUGUUGCAGCGGUUGUCGAGUUACUAUACCUUCUCAUGAUGUCUGUCAAGUUGUAUUACUAGCAAUGGUAUUGUGGUCUACUGGUCUUUAUGGAUCCUUUGAUGCAUAGCUUAAUCUGGUUAAGAUUCUACAGGUUGGUUAUGGUUUCUAUUAGUUAGGCAUUUAUGCUUUUGGAAUCAUUCAUAUAUUCCAGUGGGAUGAUACCAUGAAUUUAGAAUACUUCAGCCUGCAUAUUUCUUACUCAUUUGAUGAAAUUGUGUCUAUGCCAUUGAAAUUUCUUUGUUUCAGCAGAUGCUUCUGUUUGAAGCGUCUGUGUUUUCCA